CUAGUCUGUGUGUACUCAGCGCUCAUCCUCGUCGACGAUGUCGCUGUGACCGAUGAUAAAAUCUCGACCUUGAAGGCCGCCAACGUUGACAUCGAGCCCUACUGGCCCGCUCUGUUCGCCAAGGCCCUCAAAGGCAUCAACGUCAAGGAUCUGAUCACCAACAUCGGAUCCGGAGUUGGAACCGAAGGUGGUGCCGCCCCGGCUGCUGCUGUCCCGGCCCCUUCAAAAAGAAGGAAGAAGAACCCUAGGAGUCCGAUAACGAUAUGGGAUUCCGUCUGUUCGGUUAGAUUCGUUCCCAUCGGAAUGCAGCAGUGGGGAAUUGCAGGUUGAUAUUCAUAGCCUGUUAU